GUGGCUCACACGUGGGUGCAGAGGUCCAGCCAUCCUUCCAUCCAUUCAGUCAGUCUGUCAAUCAGUGUGCCGACCGCAGCUAACUCAGCCGUUUUCAGUCUGUCCUGCAGGAGCAGAAGUUACUCCGGGACUCCAGCAGAGACCAAGUUUGAUCCCAGACAGCGUAACUGCUGCUGCACUCAUGGCUGUCGUGAGGUUCUACAGUAAUGAAGCUCUGAAAAGUCGGGCCUUACAAAGGGCAGCCAAGCUCUACCCACAUCUGUUAGCCACGACCGAGCUGUGCUACAAUGUGGAACUGACAGGCUGCGAGAGUCUCAGCGACGAGCAGAAGGGGGUUCUACUCUGGUUGUUUCGUCAUCCUCUGCACGCAGAGCCGCUGUCUGAGAAACCAAACCUCACAGAGGGCAGUGGGGAGAAACUGGUGGAGAUCGGGCCCAGGUUGAACUUCUCCACUGCCUGGUCCACUAACGCUGUGUCCAUCUGCCAGAGCGCCGGUCUCACUAAUGUCACCCGAGUUGAGCUGUCGCGCAGGUUUCUCAUCAAGCCCAAGACCGAGCAGAGUGUGAGUGAAAUCAGUGGAGAUGUAAAGAAGCUGAUUGAGUGUCUGUAUGACAGCAUGACGGAGUGCAUCUAUCAACACCCCAUCACCUCCUUCACUGUGGAAACGGAACCUCAGGCGGUGUUCGACGUGGACAUCCUGGGGAAGGGUCGCGCAGCCUUGGAGAGCGCUAACGAUGAGCUGGGCUUGGCCUUUGACGCCUGGGAUCUGGACUACUACACAUCGAUGUUCCAGAGGAUUGAAAGGAACCCCACCAGUGUGGAAUGUUUUGACCUGGCCCAGUCCAAUAGUGAGCACAGUCGUCACUGGUUCUUCCGGGGGCGGAUGGUGAUUGACGGGAAGGAGCAGAAGGAGACUCUUUUCAGCCUCAUAAUGGACACGCAGCGGCACAGCAACCAGAACAACGUCAUCAAGUUCUGCGACAACAGCAGUGGCAUCAAAGGCAUGGAGCUUGAGUUCAUUUACCCAAAAGACCCAUCCCAAGCGAGCCCGUAUGAGACUCGGCGCUCACUAAGACAUGUCAUCUUCACAGCAGAGACGCACAACUUCCCGACUGGUGUAUCACCGUUCAGCGGAGCAACAACAGGGACUGGCGGUCGUAUCAGAGAUGUCCAGAGUGCCGGACGAGGAGGCCACGUCGUUGCUGGCACUGCAGGAUACUGCUUCGGGAACCUGCACAUACCAGGAUAUGAUCUCCCAUGGGAGUGUAAAGGAGAGGGAUGGGAGUAUCCCUCCACCUUUGCCCCUCCUCUGCAGGUGGCCAUUGAGGCCAGCGAUGGAGCGUCGGACUACGGCAACAAGUUUGGAGAACCUGUCCUCUCAGGCUUUGCUCGUUCCUUCGGCAUGCGGCUGGCUAAUGGGGAGCGACGGGAAUGGAUUAAGCCGAUCAUGUUCAGUGGUGGUCUCGGUUCUAUCGAAGAUAUCCACGUGAAGAAAGAAGCGCCAGAGCCUGGAAUGGAGGUGGUGAAGAUCGGAGGGCCGGUGUACAGGAUCGGUGUAGGAGGAGGAGCAGCCUCUUCUGUUCAAGUCCAGGGGGACAACUCCAGCGACAGGGAUCUGGGUGCUGUCCAAAGGGGAGAUGCUGAGAUGGAGCAAAAGAUGAACCGUGCUCUCAGGGCAUGCCUGGAAAGAAGUGGCAGAAAUCCGAUCUGCAGUAUACAUGAUCAGGGGGCAGGAGGAAAUGGUAAUGUGCUCAAGGAGCUCAGUGAGCCAGCAGGAGCUGUGAUAUACUGCAGUAGAUUCAAG